CGAUUAAUUCAAAUCUUGUUUCUUUUUAGUGCGCAUUGUAUGAAUAGCUCAGAUGAACAUUCAUCGUUAUCGACUAGAACCUUCUCUGGCAGUAUCGAAGCUAAGUAUCCCUAUGCACCGGCAGCAAUUGCCACCACAUUAGUGCUUGUCGGUGGCGCCGUCUAUUGGUUUUGGAAGAAAGGAUGCUGGAAGCGGUGUGGGAAGAACCAGCUCAAUCCUUCUAUUGAAAAGAACAAUCCCAAGGUGGUCCAUACGAUGGACAUCGAGGACAUCGGAGAUAAGAAGGUAUUUUGUCGUUGCUGGAGAAGCGCGAAAUUCCCAUACUGUGAUGGUUCGCACAACAAACAUAACCAGGAGACCGGCGAUAACGUCGGACCCCUGAUUGUCGAAAAAAAGAAGUAAUUAACAAAUAUUAUUGCUAAUUUUAAUAUCAAAUCGAGACUUAUCUAAGCAUGUCCUAUUUACUGCAAUCGAGUAGCCUUACGACCACUAACGAAAAAUUGUCUUAUUCUCAUAAUUUAGUAGAUUGAAAUUAUCUGAGAUGCGUGUCAUCAUUGUCAACGGAUUUUGAGCAUUUUCGAUGUUAUUUGUUUUGGCCGCUAGUGACCGAACAGUAGAAACAGGAAACGCUGAAUAACGUUACCAGAAGUAGCUUCCUCUGUGUAGUGAUGGUUAGUAAUAAAGUUAUAAAAAUGUCUAGAGAAAGUUAUGUCCAUUGUUUUUCUGUAUGCAUCUUUGAGAUGAAAAUCAGAUCAGUCUACAGCUGACAACAAAUUGUUACUUAAAUAAAUAAUAAAUAAAAAAUAAUUUGAGUUAGACUGAAUAAAGCUAUGGAUAAGAAAUCCAAACGUUUCUUCUUGGGAUGCGACAAAGGCUUUAACAAACAACCCGACUGUUUUCUGGUUGAUGUAAAUGAACGUCGCCCCUUGAUAUUUGCCUUUACAUUCGGAGAAAACCAGUUACAAAAUACAAUUACUGCUCUAUUAGAGAGAAUGAAGACGAGUGCUGAUUUUUUUCAAAAUGUUAUUUUUUUUUUUAAUAAUAUCAUUUUUCGGUCACCACUGGGUAAUAAAUGCACCUAUACGAGUAUAUUAGAUUUUUAUUGGAGCUGAUGCUGAUAGAUUGUAUAACAAAACGUUUGACCAUGUUUAUCGCAAAACUUACCGAUUUUGUGAAGGCUUAGGGAUGAGAAUAGCACCACGAUGAAAUUCACAUAUAUGGAAAAAUAUUUGAAUAGAUCCUUGCGUAAACCGAGGCAAACAUAACUUUGUUAAGCUGUCUUCAAGCAUUCAUGAUUCACGAUCUUUAAGCUCUUUUCAAUAGGCACAAAAAUAAUGAGUAAAAAGUUUUAUAUAUAAAAUUAUUAUGUUAACGACGUCAAUAAUUUAUCUUCUUUCGAUCGGAUCUUCUUCGAUUGAUUACUAUCGUGGUUUUUGGUGUGAAAUUAGAGCGACUAACUCGUUUGCAUGAAAUUCCGAAAAAUUAAGGAUUGUUUUACUUUGAGAUAGGAGCUCCUGCAAAGAUUAAAACUGUUUUGUUUCCGAGUUCGCAAGUGUUAUUGUGUUAUUAAUUACAAAUGAACGGAAUAAAACCA